UUCACCAUCAGCGAAGAAGAUAACUUGGACCACUGUCGUUUGCAUGUGAAAAAUUUGCCGAAAGGGCUCAACCAACAGGGUCUAGAGAUGGCAUUCUCGAAGUAUGGAACCUUGACUGAGUGCUUUGUGAGCACCGAUCCUAAGAAGCAUUAUGGCUUAGUCAGAUUUGAGACUCCAGGGGAAGCUAAGCAAGCGAUGAUGAAGCUAAAUCACACCGAACCUCUGCGACUUAACAUUUCCAUAGCUUACAAGAUGAAGAAAAAGAUGGACACGCAAGAUAACGCGCGAAGAAAUAACUACAAUAAUAACAGCAACCACAACAACAACAACAGAAGAACCGUAAAUAACGGCCACGUGGGCACGGAUCGCGAUCGCAGUUAUAGCAGCAGAUACAGCACGCAAGAAAUGGCUCAAGGAGAUAUCAGCAUUUCCCACAUCAAUGACCUGAUGGACCAUGCGGAGGAGGAGGACGAGGAUGUGGAGCUGACGCUGCAGAAGCUGCGCAAGAUGCUGUACCGGCAGAAGUUGAACACCAGCAAGACUGCCGCUGCACCCACGGGUCUCGGUACGCGUUGCGUGCUGCCCGGUGGAAGAAUCGUGGUCAACAACGAUUCCAACACUAGCAGACGUUUAAAAGCAAAAGUGCGAUGGGCCAACAAUUUGGACUCGUCUGGCGACUACGAUGGCAACUAUGCCGCUUGCGGUGGCGAUACGAAGGAGCGAGAUUCCCGCGCACGCAAGAGCUACGAAGACUCAGCUGACGGCUCCUCUACCCCGUCCACUUGCGUCGUCGAAAGCGAUGUCACUAAAGACCACAAGCCGGUUAAUGUGCCCGCCCUGCAGCACGAGCGGUCGGACGCGUGCGUGGCUUGCGGCGCCGCCGCCAGCGCUUACUGCGCGCGCUGCGAGGUCACCCCUUACUGCGGCCCGCUGUGCCAGCGCCGCGACUGGGCGCGCCGACACAGCCAGCUGUGCCACAACCUCGCCAGGACCCAGGUGCCUCCGCUGAAAAUGGACGAGCCCCCGAUCGCGGCGCUGCGUCGCCCGCGCUCCGACGUGUCUGCUGAUAACGACCGGAAGAAACUGCAGCCAGCAAGUGACAACCGCGCGCCUAAGGAGCAGAGCACUCGCACCAUGCGCAUGCCCCAAGACGUCCGUCCCGUCCACGACAACAACCGUGGAACCAACGACAGGCGUGGCAACCAAGAUGGCCGCGGAAACCAGGGUUACAACCGUAACCAAGAUGGCGGCAACCAAGGUUACAACCGGAACCAAGAUGGCGGCCAAGGUUACAACCGGAACCAAGAUGGCGGCAACCAAGGUUACAACCGUAACCAAGAUGGCGGUAACCAAGGUUACAACCGGAAGGAAGAUGGCGGCCAAGGUUAUAACCGCAACCAAGAUGGUGGUAACCAAGGUUACAAUCGCAACCAAGAUGGCAACCAAGGUUACAACCGCAACCAAGAUGGCGGCAACCAAGGUUUCAACCGCAACCAAGAUGGCAGCAACCAAGGUUACAACCGCAACCGUCAAGGCAUGAACCAGAAGCCGCAAGGGCGUCAGGCGUACCCCAGGAAUGAUGAUGCUGAAGAGACUUGGGACAACAAGAAGCCAGACGGUGCGGCAACCCCAAAAGUGACCGGUUACCCUAAAGCCGCGGAACCCGAAGCGAAACCGAAGACUCCCGAAGUGCAGCCGAAGACUCCCGAAGUGCAGCCGAAGACUCCCGAAGUGCAGCCGAAGGCUGUUGCAUCUACCUCGAAGUUACCCGAAGCGAAGGUGGAAUCUCCUAAGAUGACGAUCAAGCCAGCAUUGACUGCCGCCGCUACUACGCCGACGAAGAAAGUUAAGGCUGCUCCAGCGGUUGAGCAGAAACCUUUGGUGCCUGAGAAAUCAGUAAUAGAACAAACAGAAGUAGGCGAGACCCUCAUCUGCUCUGUAGAGAACAAAGCCUCUGACUGUGCGGCAAGUGGCGGCGUGAUCUGUCUGGUCAUGAACGAGAGGUUCCAAGAGGGAUACAUGAAGCUGUGCGAAGACUAUCUGCUCCAGUGUGAGGCGGAUACUGAGGAGUUCAAGCCAUCCCCCGGCGACACGUUCUCCAUCUGCGACCCGGCCGACGGCGGCUGGUACCGCGCGCGCCUCCUCACCCCCGCCUCCUGCGCGCUGCUGGACGCGGGCCGGCUGCUGGCCGUGUCGCCCGCGGCGCGCUGCCGCCGCCUGGCGCGCGCGUUCCGCGACCAGCCCGAGUACUGCGCGGCGCUGGACGCCCAGAUCGAAGUCGGUGCCAACAUCCAGCUAACCGUCACAUCUAUAUCGCCUAAUGGCGACCGGCUGGUGUCCAUAGUGCGAGUAGAGACAGCAGAGAAAAUUGGGGAUGGCGUCGCGCGGCGCUGGCUGCCCGCUGUGGAGUACCCGGUGACACCUGCUGCUGCUGUCGAGCAACCGCCAGCCAUCCCCACGGUCCCGCGGCCGCCGCUCAAGAACAACUCGUCCGUCGUCGUGAUAGAUGUCAGCGAGUCGCGUCUGAUAGUGAGGGAUGCAGACUUGGCUGUUGCUAGGCAGUGCGACAUGAUUGAACAAGAUGUCGCUAUUUAUGGGAGCACUGCCACACCACUCACAGAGCCACCGUCCAAGGGUGACGUCAUCAUCGCUCGCUACACCGACAACAUCCACUACAGAGCUCUCUGCAAACGCACCAGCGUCAAGCAGAAUAAGUACCUGCUCGAGUACAUUGAGUACGGUGAGUACAUUCUGUGUUAAUAUAACAGUUAUUCG